GGGUGGCUCUCAACCCCUUCCUCAACUCACGACUUGGUGACAAAUACUUGGUGAGCUCCUCACAGGCCAGGAAGUGUCCCAGGCUCUGUGAGCAAGACCUCCAGAAACCCACGCCCCGGGGCCCUGGCCUCCUAGGGAUGGCUGCAGCUUUCUGAGGAGGGGGCCAUCGUGAUGUCUCACCACACUGUCUCCCCCAGUCCUGAGCCCCACCAUUUCCUGGGCACUGCAUGGGCCAGACCCUUCGCCAAGAGCAUCCGUACCCACUCUCCUAUGUCUUCAGCACCCUAGACCCACUGGUCCGAGGCCGCCGGCCCAUAGGAGAUGUCAGAUUCCAAGCCAGCCCCGCCUGACUGCAAAGCCCCUUUCCUGUGCUCUCCUGUCACUGGCUUACAUGUGGUCCUCCUGGGACUCAGCUUUUUGCCUUGCCCAAUGUGUGUUUGGAGCAGAGCCUCCCCUUGGGCCCUGCCCUGUCUAACUGAGUGUGACCCCGGGUGUUCUGGGUGGGCCUGGGGGAGGCCUGCUUCCCGUGGCCCAGCUGUCACUCAUUGGCCCGUGCUGACUGAACGCCCCGCUGUGGGCAGAGGUCCAGCCGGGAGAUUCUCAGAUCAGGCAGCAGCCCUGCCUUCAGAUCACAGGGUCUCUGGAAGCCCGAGAGCCCGUGACGGGACUAGGAGUAUGGGCUGGAAGUGGCCCAUGGCCGUCCACACUGAGACCCGGGGGAGUCCAGGGGAUGGAGGGAGAGGCUGUGUCCUGGGAAGACUCCUGAGGACAGGCCAUGUGGCCCUGAAGAACAAGGAGGGUCAAGGUGGGGGAGCAGGGCACAAGGAGGACCUUUCUGGCUGGGCAGUGCGUCAGAACUGGGAACCACCGUGAAAAAGGACGGGGACUUGCUGGCUUUAUUGGGAAUCGAGGUCAGAGAGGCCUGCCAGGAGCAGAAUGUAGAGAGUCAUGAACUUGGGCUCUAGGGGGCUGCAGGCUACAUUAUCCCGGCUCCUCGCUUGGCAUGUUCUCCUCUGCCUGCCCCUGCCCUUAGCCUCAGGCAGCCUGGCAGGGCGAUGGGGGGAAGCCCUGGGGGCCCUUCAGAGGGCAGCUGGCUCUGGAAAGGACGCAACAGCCCUAUCAGGCUGGCUUUUUCCACUCUGCACGGCUGAAUGGCUGAAUGAAGAAAGGGAAGUAGGAGUGUGGGCAGGCCGGCGCUUGGCCCCGGGCCCCGCCCGUGUCCCCUCUCCUUAGCCUCCAGCACUUGCACAGAGCAAGCGCUCUUACCAACCCCAUUUCACAGCGGCAGGCACUGAGGCUGGGAGGGCUGCAGGGAGCUGCCCAAAGCCCUGCGGCUGGUUUUGUGCUGAUUGAAGGCCAGGACCCGCAGUCACCUCAUCUCUGUGUCUCCCAGCCCAGUCCCUGGCACAUAGAACCUCUGGAUGUGGUCUCCUCCCAAAUGCCUUUCCCGGGCCCACACACUCCUCCACGGCCACCUAUGAGGAAGCUGAGGCCAGGAAGGCCAGAGACUUGCCCCUUUCGUCAAACAGCCAGGUGCCCCUCUGCAGACACCAGGCUCCAGGACAAGAUGGCGGCCAAGCAGCCCCCACCUCUCAUGAAGAAGCACAGCCAGACGGACCUCGUGAGCCGCCUGAAGACCCGCAAGGUCCUCGGCGUGGGCGGGGAGGACGACGACGGGGAGGUGCACCGCUCCAAGAUCAGCCAGGUGCUGGGCAAUGAAAUCAAGUUUGCUGUUCGGGAGCCUUUGGGGCUGAGGGUCUGGCAGUUUGCUUCUGCUGUGCUCUUCUCCGGCAUUGCCAUCAUGGCCCUCGCCUUCCCUGACCAGCUCUAUGAUGCAGUCUUCGAUGGAGCCCAGGUGACCAGCAAGACCCCCAUCCGUCUCUAUGGCGGAGCCCUCCUCAGUGAGUAUUGCUAGGGCAGAUGUGAUGGCAGCUGGGGACCAACAGAGACUCAGAGGACUGAGAGGAGCAGGGGGAAGCCUUUCUUUGUGCAGGGGCUCCCUUUCCCAGCACCCGCCUACACCCUUCCGCUGAUGGGUGUGUCUCUGCUGGGUGUGUGCUGCCAUCUUGUGGCCACUGCUGGAAUGCUCCCGGUGGACGGGGCUCCGUCUUGGCCAUCAUCUGGGGCAAACGCUCACUGAAUGGUCAGUAAUGACCCUGGUUAUUGGGGCACAGAGAUGAGUGAGGCUCAGGCCCUGACCUCCAGGACCUCACAGCCUAGAGGAGGAGGCAAAAUCAACACAGUGUCUGCAAAACCCCUCCCACCCUUGGGCCCGUCGUUUGAACCAUCCCGUUGCCUCUCUGAUUUGAGUCACACACAGGGCCUGGUAGGAAGCUGAAUUACAGCUUUGAAAGCCUAGCACAGGUAGCGUCCCUCCUCUUCUCCCAAACAUUCUAUUGGCUCCCUUUUGCCUGCAGAAUAAAGGCCCAGCCGCUCCGCCUGGCUUUCGGGGUGGCCUGUAGGGUGGAUCCA